UCCAUCAAUUCUUAUCAGCAGCAUCAUCAUCCCCAUCAUCAGUACCAUUAUUAUGAACACUCUAUGACAAGGACUCGCGCAGCCGCUCCUCCAGAUUCUGCCACCAUCCGGUACAGCGUAUACUUUCCAAUAAGCAUCCUGUAGAGUAAAGGGAGGAGGUAAGUAAGGGGUUAGGGAGGUACUAUACCAUCACCAAGCCGUCCUGACCUCCGUGCAGUCGAAGACAUGGAGCAUGAUCGGUCACGUACAGUACUUCACUUCAAUGCUGCCCCACGCUCCGGGCCGCUCAGUGAGCAAAAAGCAGCGCAAAUUCCGACCUUGGCUGUCAACUCAAGUGCGAAAUGGUUCGCGAGGCAGUCAGCCGAGGCUACGCCAGAAAGAGAAGCCCGCUUGACUUUCCCUUCUCCUCGUAACGAAACUUCACAAUUUUGUACAGUGUCUCAUCCGACUCUACCCACCGUCCAUCUCCCUCUGCUACCCCAAUCCACUCGCCGAUCGCGAUCGACACGUGCACGACUUGCGGAUAAUUCCCCGCAACUCCCCCAAAUUCCUGAUAUGCGGGGAGUGGAUAUGAAUCCCAUUCACCCGGGUCCGCACAUGGAAAAAUUGGAUUGGCAGAUCUUAUCUCAUACGACUCCAUCGUCUGUCCAUUCACCUGAUGCGGCAAACCAACACGGGGUUUUCCCGAUCCAUGGUCAACUUCAGCCGAUCCGCCACUCAGAGGGGGAAAAGCACCCUCCAAUAUGCCGGAUGACCGUUUUCCAUACUUCGAAUAACAUCUACAAAGGCGCAAACUGUUGGGGCGCUCAGGUGAUAGGCAUGGCGAUAAGGCAAGGGACACACAACCCAGAUCAAGGGUCUAUUCUACCGCCAGCAUCGCUGGAUCUGACGUCGACGAUGCAGAAAGUGAGUCAGCGGACUUGCGGUGUCCUUGAAGCUCUCUAUCUGGAAGGAUUUGGAUUGCGAUCGAUUGGUUGUUGUUUGCUGGCGACUGACUGCCCGAAAUCUUGGCCGAGGAAUGUUUGAAUGUUUGAGGGCGGAAAAGUUUGCCUCUUGACGAAGUCACCUUUUUGCGCUGCCAAGUCUUGGGAGACCAUUUAGAGUGGCU